GAUUUAAAAAAUGACACACUUCCAUAAAUUUCUAGUUCAGUAAUUUCAUUAAAAUUUCGGUAAUACGUUAUAAUUUCAAAUAAAAGAAGCAUUCGCUACUUUCUCAUUUGAUAAAUUGAUGUGAUUCCUCUCUUUAUACCUUCUAAUUUUCUAUCGAUUUUAAAAAGUUUUUUUAUUGUGAAAUUUUCUAAUGAAUUUUAUUUGUCAUUAUUAUCAUUAUAGAAUUACGUAAUUAGAUGAUCACGUUUCUUCCUACUCCAAUUUUAGUUUCAAUUGAAUCGAACGGAUUAAAAGCUGGUGAUGAAAUCAUUGUUGUAUAUAAAACUAAGUUCUUUCUUCCUGCUUACUUAACCGCCCUUUUAGCAUUGAAACCUUUUGAUCAUUUUGAUGUAUUUCAUGUCAAAUCUUAUUUAUCACCAUCGUCAACACAACUUAGAGAAAGUUCCAAUUUGUUAGAUAAUCAUUAUACCUAUGAAACUAGAGCGACUUUAAUUAAUGAUGUUGAUCAUCAUGAAAUUGGUUGCUAUUUGAUUAUAAUCGAUAAUUUCGAGAGAAUUUGUGGUCAAUUUUAUGUUAAAAGUCUGAGUGUUGUAGAUGAUAAUCCAAAUCCUGCUGUUAAUCCUAAUAUUACUACUACAAACCGUGUAAAAGUUAAAUGCACAAAUUGUACUAUUAAGAAAACUCCAGUUUGGAGAUUCUUAGAAAUUGGAAAAGUCUGCAACGCCUGUUACAUGUAGUAAGUAAAAAAAAGAAAAAAAAAAAAUUUUUUUUAACAUCAAACUUC